UGCUGUGAUUACUGCGGUUUCUGUUAUUUAUGCAGAUUUAUUGAAUAUGGAUAAAAAAAACUGUUUUCUUAUUUUUGUAGCAAUACAAAUGGCUAAGGGAUCCAUACCAGGGACAUUUUUUUGGAAACCUCGCUUGGGUCUUGAUUUGGCUAUACCAACCACAGAAGUGUCUAUGGGAGUGCAUAAACCAAACAAGAAUAAUAUUAGAGAUGGAUUUGUAGUGUUAAUUGACGGCUACCAAGUCGGGGUUACUAUAAUAGCAGUUGCUGCGAGUGUGUCUAGUGCCAGCACAAAUCCACAUCUCAACCCUUUGUCCGCUUACUUUUACACCAACAUUUAUAGAUGGGGCUUGAGAUAUUUCAGUCUGUUACCGUUCUGGUUAAGUGGUAAUGGCGGUAACUACUGUGACACACAUAAAGUUUGGCGAAGACGUUUUUAUUAUAUGGAUGAAUUUGUACCAGAACUUCUAAGAAAGUUUGUCCCUUUCAUCAAGAACGAAGAGUGGGAGAAAGAACAAUUGGAAUUCAAGAAGUUCAAAAAAUAUGCUGAACCUGCUUUUGGCAAACAUUAUCGAUACCCCACCAAAGUAUUUAGAAAUUUUAAAAGUCAAGAGACAGUGGAAACUGUUGAAAAUCUAGACGAUUCAUCAAAUUCAAUGUAA